ACAGUUCAUAUGGCAGAGAAGAGAGGACACAUUAAAGACACCAACGGAAAUAUAAAAUUCCAUAGAGUUGUAAUAUUUGGAGGUUUGAGUGGCGGUCUUGGACAGUUUCUUGCAAGCCCUUUUUUCUUACUGAAAACCCAUUUUCAAUCUAAAGCAACAUCUUCCAUAGCUGUUGGAUACCAACAUCAUCACGAAGGGCUUUGGAUGGGUCUACGAAAAAUUUAUGAAACACAUGGGAUAAGAGGCCUUUAUAGAGGAGCAACAUUUUCGAUACCUCGAGCAACCGUAGGAUCCGUAACACAACUGAGUUCAUUCGAAUACGCCAAACAACAUCUACUUAAAUACGACUAUUUCAAGGAGAAUUCCCUCGCUACUAGUUUUUUGGGAAGCAUGGUUGGUGGUGUAGUAAUUAGUAUUGUUAUGACCCCAUUUGAUUUGAUCAUGGUUAGAAAUUACAAUCAACCUACUGAUGCAAGAGGAAAAGGCCUAAUGUACACAAGCUAUAUGAACUGUGUUAUGAAAAUCUAUGAAACUGAAGGACUAUCAGCUUUUUAUAAAGGAUUUGGUCCCAUGUACUUCAGAUUGGGUCCACAUACAGUGUUAUCAUUAGUUUUCUGGGACCAAUUAAAAUCUCUCCAUGAGAAAUUUAUUGCUGAAAGUGAACCAUAAUCGUUAUUUUUGCAGGUUAUCGCAUUUUAAAAUGUUAUGUUGAAGAUCUCAUUAUUUUGGAUACAUUAAUACGUACUGUAUUAUUUACUCCAAUUUUCAGAUAACCGAUAACGAAAGGUGAAUAUUGUAAACAUAUUUUAUACAGGAUGUUCAUUGAAAGUGUUUAUCCUAAAUUUCUCAAUGAACGAAAAGGUGGAGAUGGAUGUUUUUUCUAAUAGGCUAUUUUUUUUUCAAAUGUGAAAACAUAUGAAAAAUUUUAUCUGUCGUGAACUGAGCAUGAAAUUAUUAAAUACCG